AUGGCUGUGUUACGCUACAUUAGAAAUAAAACAUCAAGAUUUCACACGUUUGCAGCUUACAGACUUGCUGUUAUUCAUGAAGGAUCAACGCCACAGGAAUGGAGAUAUGUUAAUACCAAACUCAAUCCUGCAGAUUAUGCUUCAAGAGGACUUUCAGCAAAUGAAAUAGUGCAGCAAGGACGCUGGAUCCAAGCUCCAAAAUUUCUAUGGACUUCCGUUGAUUGUUGGCCAGAAACACCUACAGAAAAUUUGCGUGAAAUACUAGAUGAUCCGGAAGUGAAAAAAGCAUCAGUUAGAGCAUUAGUAGCUGAUAUACACAAGGCAGAACCAAGUAUUGACCUGAUGGGUGUUGAGAAACUUAUCAAUCAUCAUUCUUCUUGGUAUACGCUAAGGAAAACUGUGGCAUGGAUUUGGAGGAUCCGCAGCAAACAACUUCAUCGUAUUCAACGAAAUAAAUUUAUUGACAACCCAUCAUCUAAUGAAAGGGUUGGAUCCCCACCAGAUGUCUUGGGACACAUUUCGCUUCAGGACUUACAGAAAGCUGAAAUCGCCAUUUUGCGAUAUAAGGAAACUCACAUGUGA